GAAGAAGAAGAAGAAGAAGAAGAAGAAGAAGAAGAAGAAGAAGAAGAAGAAGAAGAAGAAGAAGAAGAAGAAGAAGAAGAAGAAGAAGAAGAAGAAGAAGAAGAAGAAGAAGAAGAAGAAGAAGAAGAAGAAGAAGAAGAAGAAGAAGAAGAAGAAGAAGAAGAAGAAGAAGAAGAAGAAGAAGAAGAAGAAGAAGAAGAAGAAGAAGAAGAAGAAGAAGAAGAAGAAGAAGAAGAAGAAGAAGAAGAAGAAGAAGAAGAAGAAGAAGAAGAAGAAGAAGAAGAAGAAGAAGAAGAAGAAGAAGAAGAAGAAGAAGAAGAAGAAGAAGAAGAAGAAGAAGAAGAAGAAGAAGAAGAAGAAGAAGAAGAAGAAGAAGAAGAAGAAGAAGAAGAAGAAGAAGAAGAAGAAGAAGAAGAAGAAGAAGAAGAAGAAGAAGAAGAAGAAGAAGAAGAAGAAGAAGAAGAAGAAGAAGAAGAAGAAGAAGAAGAAGAAGAAGAAGAAGAAGAAGAAGAAGAAGAAGAAGAAGAAGAAGAAGAAGAAGAAGAAGAAGAAGAAGAAGAAGAAGAAGAAGAAGAAGAAGAAGAAGAAGAAGAAGAAGAAGAAGAAGAAGAAGAAGAAGAAGAAGAAGAAGAAGAAGAAGAAGAAGAAGAAGAAGAAGAAGAAGAAGAAGAAGAAGAAGAAGAAGAAGAAGAAGAAGAAGAAGAAGAAGAAGAAGAAGAAGAAGAAGAAGAAGAAGAAGAAGAAGAAGAAGAAGAAGAAGAAGAAGAAGAAGAAGAAGAAGAAGAAGAAGAAGAAGAAGAAGAAGAAGAAGAAGAAGAAGAAGAAGAAGAAGAAGAAGAAGAAGAAGAAGAAGAAGAAGAAGAAGAAGAAGAAGAAGAAGAAGAAGAAGAAGAAGAAGAAGAAGAAGAAGAAGAAGAAGAAGAAGAAGAAGAAGAAGAAGAAGAAGAAGAAGAAGAAGAAGAAGAAGAAGAAGAAGAAGAAGAAGAAGAAGAAGAAGAAGAAGAAGAAGAAGAAGAAGAAGAAGAAGAAGAAGAAGAAGAAGAAGAAGAAGAAGAAGAAGAAGAAGAAGAAGAAGAAGAAGAAGAAGAAGAAGAAGAAGAAGAAGAAGAAGAAGAAGAAGAAGAAGAAGAAGAAGAAGAAGAAGAAGAAGAAGAAGAAGAAGAAGAAGAAGAAGAAGAAGAAGAAGCUCUUUUUCCAUAUUGCUGUAGUCCAGCACCUGGCUACAUAUUUAUUUAA